AUGCCUUUCAUAAGUUCAGAACUAUCAAUUGCAAUUAUCGGCGGUGGAAUUGGUGGUCUCGUUCUCGCGCUGCAACUUGAAGCAGAUGGCUUCAAGAACAUUACUAUUUUCGAGGCGUCAAGGAAGUUAAAAGCGAUUGGAUCGGGGAUCAACUUGCAGCCAUCUGCUGUGCUUGUCCUACGUAACUUGGGAUUGUUAUCGGAGCUGGAGGCGACUGGGAUCAAAACUGCCGAGUUGAGGUAUUACAAUAAGUUCGGACAUUAUGUCGUGUCUGAGCCACGGGGGGAGGCGGCAGGGUAUUUGAUACCUCAGAUUUCGAUACAUCGUGGCAUGCUCCACGACUUAUUACUCAAAGCAGUCACAGACCGAUUAGGCGAAGACUGUGUUCGAACUGACCAUGUCUUCACAUCUUUCACUCAGACUGAGAAGAGCAUUACUGCAAACUUCACACGCCGUUCUGACCCCGGCAUCCCUCCCAAAUUCUCAUCGAAGACUGCGGAUAUCUUGGUUGGAGCGGACGGGAUCAAUUCCACUGUCCGUCGCCUGUUGUAUCCAAAUGAAGGACUGCCAAACUUUUCUGGAAGACUUCUCUGGAGAGGCGUUUCCGAGCGAGAACCAUUCCUUACUGGGCGCUCAAUGGUAUGGGCUGGACAUGCAGAUCAAAAGUUCAUCGCUUACCCUGUGGGACGUGAAGCUGAGCUGAACGGAAAGUCUCUGGUCAACUGGAUUGCUGAACUCAGAGUACGUGAUAAGGACGAUCCGGAUUUGACACCUCCGCAAGCAGAUUGGGGAAAAGUGGUCUCGAAGGAUCGAUUUGCAGACAAGUUCCAAAGCUGGACUUUUGGAUUUCUCAGUAUACCCGAGCUGAUCGCGGAAACGAAGGAGGUAUCUGAAUUCCCAAUGUGUGAUCGGACACCUGUGGACAGAUGGAGCUUUGGAAGAUUGACCUUGCUCGGAGAUGCUGCUCAUCCGCUCUAUCCCAUUGGCUCAAAUGGUGCCAGCCAAGCAAUUCUUGAUGCUGUAGCACUUUCUUCUGCACUCCAACUCGAUUCCGAUGUCCCACUAGCUUUGACCACAUAUCAGAAUAUUCGACUGCCGCCCACAGCGAAGAUCUGUUUUGCCAAUCGUGCCAAUGGCCCGGACCACGUUCUACAGUUGGCGCAUGAGCGUGCUCCGGAUGGCUUCGAGAACAUUAAUGACGUGAUCGGCAGUAUGGAGCUGGAAGAGGUCGGUAAGGCCUAUAAACUGCUGGCCGGAUUUGACUUGGAGAGCGUUAACAGGAAAGCAAGAGAAACAGAAGGG